GUUGGGUUUCUACAUUUAGACAGUGUCAAUCAUGCUGAAGUUGAGAUUGCAACGUAUACGGAAAGAAGAAGAUUCUUGCUAAAAUUCCUCCACAUGUCAUGCACAUACACCGGGUGCGGGACCAAUCAUGUUCAAGCAAGAAUAAUAUCUGAAUGCAAUCACUCAGAUGAGAGGACCUUCCAGGCUAUGCAGCAAAAAUGGGACUUUCUUCUUCAGAUAUUCUUCUUCAAAUGAACAACCAAAAUGUCCAUCCCUCUUGGACUUGUGCAUCCACAGAAUCACUGAGGAGAUGCAUAACUAUAACACAUUUUCUUCACUGCCAAGGGACUUGACUCAACAAAUUUUUAACACCUUGGUUUAUACAUGUUGUCUCACACCUGUUUCGUUCCAAGCUUUCCGAGAUUGUUCCCUCGAGGAUCUUUACUUGGGAGAAUAUGCUGGUGCUGUUGUCAAUGAUGGUUGGAUGGAUGUAAUCUCAUCACAGGGGUUAUCUUUGUUGCAUGUGGAUCUUUCUGGCACUGAUUUCACAGAUCAGGGCCUUGCCUGUCUUAGAGAUUGCAAAAAUACUAUUUCUCUGAAUCUUAAUUACUGUCACCAAAUUUCAGAUUGUGGAUUGGAGUACAUCAGUGGUCUCUCAAACUUGGAAAGUUUGAGUUUUAGAAGAAACGCAGCAAUUUCAGCUCAAGGAUUGAGUAACAUUUCUGGUCUUUCUAACUUGGUGAAAUUGGAUUUGGAGAGAUGUCCUCGGAUUCAUGGAGGCAUUGCUCAUCUUCAAGGUUUAUCCAAGUUGGAAUCUCUUAAUAUGAACUGCUGUAACUGUUUAACAGAUGUUGAUAUGAAGCCUCUAUCAGACCUUACAAACUUGAAAAGACUGGAGAUUUCCUGCAAUAAAGUCACAGAUUUUGGCAUCAGUUUUCUAAAAGGACUACGAAAGCUUGCUUUGUUAAAUUUGGAAGGAUGCCUUGUAACAGCUGAAUGCUUGGACUCUCUUGCAGAGCUUCCUGCCCUGUCAUACUUGAAUCUUAGUAGAUGUAAUCUUUCAAACAAUGGAUGUGAAAAUUUUUCACGACUGGAAAAUCUUAAUGUAUUAAACUUGGGAUUCAAUGGCAUAACAGAUGCAUGUUUAGCACACUUGAAAGGAUUGACAAAGUUGAAGAGCUUGAACCUAGAUUCCUGUUGGAUUGAUGGUGAAGGAUUGGUCCACCUCGCAGGCCAUCAGCACUUGAGUUGCUUGAAUCUCUCAGAUACAUAUGUUGGAACCAAUGGACUACAGCAUUUAUCAGGCUUGUCUAGUCUGGAGAAAAUAAAUCUGUCAUUCACUAUGGUUAAUGAUACUGCUUUGAGAAAACUAUGCGGACUCUCAUCUCUCAAGUCACUAAAUUUGGAUGUUGGCCAAGUUACUGAUUCUGGACUAGAAACCCUAGCAAGUUUGACUGGGCUCACUGAUCUGGAUUUGUUUGGUGCAAGAAUCACAGAUUUUGGAACAAACUAUUUGAGAAACUUCAAGAACCUGAGGUCACUGGAAAUAUGCGGCGGAGAAUUGACUGAUGAUGGUGCGAGAAAUAUCAAAGAGCUUUCUUCUCUGACAUGUUUAAAUUUAUCACAAAACUGCAACCUUACAGACACUACGUUGGAGCUAAUUUCUGGGCUUACUGGUUUGAUUUCGUUGAAUGUUUCCAAUUCUCGUAUCACGAAUACAGGACUGCAGCAUUUGAAAACACUCAAGAACUUGAGGUUUCUGUCAUUGGAGUCUUGUAAGGUGACGGCUAAUGACAUUAAGAAACUUCAAACAACAUACCUCCCGAAUCUGGUAAGCUUUCGGCCCGAGUAAUUUGGGAAGUAUUAUGAUACUUAGGGUGUUUGGUUCUGCAGUGAGAAGUCCUAUAAUAGCUUAUGGGGAGAAACUAUAAGUGUAGCUUAUAAAGCUAUCGUGUUUUAAAUUGUGCGUGAAGUAUGGAAAAACAACUUCAGUUAGUCAACUUCAAUGUUAAUAUUUAUAUAGGGUAAUGGCUUCAUGGGAGGGGUUUGAUGAAUUGCCUCUUUGCUUUCUGUAAAGCUUUCUUUUAUUUUAAACCUUUAUAUAAUUAUUAUGAUUAUGUAAGUUAUUGACUAUUGUUUAGAACACUUAUAUUCCAUGUGGCUUUAUGAUGGGAAGUACUAAAUGUAAAUCUGCAUUGAUCCAUAAAUGUAUGAAGUGGUUUCAAAUUCAA